GAGGCUGGAAUAUUCUUGAGAAAACAAGGGCUUACCCCACAGGGACAUGAGAAAGGAAGCAGGGACAUGGGAAAAGUCCAGCAGCUCAAUGUUGGUCAUUGCGAAAGCUAGUUUCAUUCCCAUUGAUAACACAACAAACUGCCAGAGGGCUUCAGAAAAGACUUCAGCAACAGCAAGUACCUUCUUGGUAUUAGUAUAAACACUGAAAAAACCUUUUGAGGAACGUUUUUCAUAGGUGACAUUGAAUAAGAAUACAUCCAAAGCCCAAGCCUAGCGUGAAAGUGUGGAGACAUGGCGCACAUUGUGACCUCGCUGAUUUCUACCACUUUAAUCAUGAGCUUCGCAUUCGCAGAGCUUGAUGCUUUGCUCUGUGACAGAGCCAUGUUUGAUUAUGGAGUGUACAAUGUCUGUGUACCUACCUUCAACGAACUCAUGGCGACUGUCAAUUACCAGGACGGGUGUCCGUGGCCCAGCACUCUACGCUACUACUCUAAUUUGGAAGACUGUGUCCAAGGUGUGGUUAAAAUGACAGCAUGCGCUAAAACACCUCUGAAGAGUCAAUUCUUUUUGGAUGUCCACCGCACAUAUUUUCUCCACUGCCCCUACUGGAAGGACCCUGAUGUGCUUAUGCUACUAUUGUUCUCAUUGCCCUGCGUCAUUAUCACUUUUCUAUUCCCCAUUUUCUAUAGUUAUUUCACCAACAGCAUCAGUGAAUAACUCGGAUUGCAACAGCGGCAACAUCUAAGAAUUAGAUGUUAAGGAAAAAUGUAUUAGUGUCGAUCACUUUUAUUUUUACCUCGGGCAAAUGUCAGUUCCAACUGUAACCUUUAGUUUCUAACUGUUAACUGGUUAAUUUUUACUCACUGAGUAAAUAACCAGAUAACUACAAAGGGUAUUGCUCAGUUAUUCUGAGCUGUCUUCCACAGAAAGUAUGACAUAAUUGAUACACAAACAAGUCUGUGAUUGAUCGUCACAAAGGCAUCCUCUAGCUGAUUUGUUCACAAGAUGUAUGACGAGUGUCAGUCUUAUUCUUUGUACAUUGUAGUUAUAGAAAUUGUCAUUAAAUUAUUCAUAAACAGGAACCAGUACGUAACCUUAGAAAGUAUGUUAGCUUCUCAUGACCCUCCACGUUAAGUAUAUUGAGAACUUCUGCUACACAAAAAUAGGCUUAAAUCAAUGUAUGUUGAAACACAUCAUAAAUAUUUAUUUUGAGACAAAAAAAUAACAAUUUGUUUUACAGUGGUUCGAAAACAUUUUUACAGUAAUAGUCAUUUCUACUGCUAUUAAAAUAUCCACAUAACAUCAUUUCCUUCAGUAUUGCUAAAGCUAAAGUAAUACAUUACUUAUCAUAAGAACUUGUUUGCCUUUUUUUUUUUGACAAACUAUACCUCUUACCAUAGUUACAACAAGGCAACACUGAGUUAUACAAGUGGUCUGUUUGGGAUUGACAAGAGAUAGACAUGAUUUAAGGGUAACUUGACACAUGGCUGCUGAAUGUAUGGAGAGCAAACAUUUAUACAUUAAAUGCAUUACAGGCCAAAAUAAUGGAAACUAUCAGGUGAUAUUUAUAGGUUUGACGAUAUUUUACAGUGAAGUCAAUUGGAAUUUUAACCAAAAUAUUACAUUGGUGUGGAGCAAUGUAUUUUCAUUAGCAUUUAAUAGGGAUAAGAAUGAAUUCUUCACUGAUAGCAGUCCCUUAUAAUGACCAGAUAUAAGUGUUUUUGUUGUUGUUGUUUUCAAAUCAGCUAAUCAAGCUUCAUUUAUGUAUAGAGCAUCUGAAUGUGAGAGUCCUUUAUACAAAAGGGUUGCAAUAAACAAAUAUUAUAACAAAUA